CGCCCUCGGCCCUCCGGGAAGCCGCGGGUGCUCGGGGUUGGGCCUGCUCACGGGCCGCGGGGACGCCGCUCUCCGCCGCGGGAAACUUGGCCGUGGGCUCCGGCCCGCCCUCGCGCGUCCCCAGGCGGCCCGGGCGUUGGCGGGCAGCCGCAGAGAUGGGGCCGGGGCCGAGGCCGGUGUCGGAGCUGGCUACUCCACGCGCAGGCACCGUGUGGGGAUCUGAUGGCCAAAAGAAAGGAAGAAAAUUUCUGCUCUCCUGAAAAUGCUAAAAGGCCAAGACAAGAAGAACUGGAAGAUUUUGAUAAAGACGGAGAUGAGGAUGAAUGUACAAUUUCUUUCACGAAUGGAACCUCUACUUUGACUGCAGCAGAAGUUGGAAUAAUUGAGAGUAUUCAGCUAAGAAAUUUCAUGUGUCAUUCAAUGCUUGGACCUUUUAAGUUCGGUUCCAAUGUCAACUUUGUUGUUGGCAAUAAUGGAAGUGGAAAGAGUGCUGUACUCACUGCUCUCAUAGUUGGUCUUGGUGGAAAAGCAGUUGCUACUAAUAGAGGAUCUUCUUUAAAAGGUUUUGUGAAGGCUGGACAGAACUCAGCAGAUAUCUCCAUAACACUUAGAAACAGAGGGGAUGAUGCCUUUAGGGCAAAUGUGUAUGGCGACUCUAUAGUUGUGCAGCAACACAUUAGUGUGGAUGGAAGUCGAUCUUACAAGCUCAAAAGUGAAAAAGGCACUGUGGUUUCUACUAGAAAGGAAGAGCUGAUUGCAAUUCUUGAUCAUUUUAAUAUCCAGGUGGAUAAUCCAGUUUCUGUUUUAACACAAGAAAUGAGCAAGCAGUUCCUACAGUCCAAAAAUGAGGGAGACAAAUACAAAUUCUUCAUGAAAGCAACCCAGCUUGAACAGAUGAAGGAAGAUUAUUCAUAUAUUAUGGAAACAAAAGAAAGAACAAAGGAGCAGAUAAGUCAAGGAGAAGAGCGACUUACUGAACUAAAGCGCCAGUGUUUGGAGAAAGAAGAACGUUUUCAAAAUAUUGCUGGUUUAAGUACAAUGAAGACAAAUUUAGAGUAUUUGAAACAUGAAAUGGCGUGGGCAGUGGUCAAUGAAAUUGAAAAACAAUUGAAUGCUAUUCGAGAUAAUAUCAAAAUUGGAGAAGAACGUGCUGCCAAACUUGACAGGAAAAUGGAAGAACAACAGGUCAGACUUAAUGAUGCAGAAAAAAAGUACAAAGAUAUUCAAGAUAAACUAGAAAAAAUUAGUGAAGAGACAAAUGCACGAGCACCAGAAUGUAUGGCACUAAAAACAGAUGUCAUUGCAAGGACAAGAGCCUUUAAUGAUGCUGAGGUUUUGUAUAACCGUUCCCUAAAUGAAUAUAAAGCAUUAAAGAAAGACGGUGAACAGCUUUGUAAAAGAAUUGAAGAAUUAAAGAAAAGUACUGAUCAGUCUUUGGAACCAGAGCGCUUGGAAAGGCAAAAAAGGAUCUGCUGGUUAAAAGAGAAAGUAAAGGCCUUACAGGAUCAGGAAAAUGUAGUCAAUCAAGAGGUUGAACAGUUUGAGCAAGCCAUAGAAAAGGACAGACAAGAACAUGUCCGGAUUAAGAGAGAAGAUGUAGAUGUGAGGCAAACACUAAACUAUAAUCAGAGACAGUUAAAAGAACUGAAAGAUAGUAAAACUGAUCGACUAAAAAGAUUUGGGCCUCAUGUUCCAGCUCUUCUGGAAGCUAUAGAUGAUGCUUACAGGCGGAGACAGUUUACUCAUAAACCUAUAGGCCCUUUAGGUGCUUGCAUUCAUCUACGGGACCCUGAGCUUGCUUUGGCCAUUGAAUCUUGCUUAAAAGGACUUCUGCAAGCUUAUUGUUGCCAUAAUCAUGCUGAUGAGAGAGUACUGCAGUCAUUGAUGAAAAAAUUUUAUCCACCGGGGACCUCCAGGCCGCAGAUAAUCGUUUCUGAAUUUCGGAAUGAGGUAUAUGAUGUGAGACUCAGAGCUGCUUACCAUCCAGAGUUUCCAACUGUUCUAACAGCUUUAGAAAUAGACAAUGCUGUUGUUGCAAACAGCCUGAUUGACAUGCGGAGCAUAGAGACAGUGCUGCUCAUCAAAAAUAAUUCUGUAGCUCGUGCAGUCAUGCAGUCCCAAAAGCCACCCAAAAAUUGUAGAGAAGCUUUUACUGCUGAUGGUGAUCAGGUUUUUGCAGGCCGUUACUAUUCAUCUGAAAGCACAAGACCCAAGUUUCUAAGCAGAGAUGUGGAUUCUGAAAUAAGUGAUUUGGAGACUGAGAUUGAAAAUAAAAAGACUCACAUAAUAAAUCUUCAGCACCGUCUGUCUGCCCUGGAGAAGGAUAUUAAACGCAAUGAAGAACUUCUUAAAAGGUGCCAGCUACAUUAUAAAGAAAUAAAGAUGAAAAUAAGAAAAAAUAUUUCUGAAAUUCGGGAACUUGAGAAUAUAGAAGAACACCAAUCUGUAGAUAUUGCAACCUUGGAAGAUGAAGCCGAGGAAAACAAAAUAAAAAUGCAAAUGGUGGAGAAAAAUAUGGAGCAACAGAAAGAAAACAUGGAGAAUCUUAAAAGUCUAAAAAUUGAAGCAGAAAACAAGUAUGAUACAAUUAAAUUGAAAAUUAAUCAGCUAUCAGAGCUAGCAGAUCCACUUAAGGAUGAAUUAAAUCUUGCUGACUCUGAAGUCGAUAGCCAGAAACGAGGAAGGCAGCAUUAUGAAGAUAAACAGAAAGAACAUUUGGAUACCUUAAAUAAAAAGAGAAGAGAACUUGACAUGAAAGAAAAGGAGCUACAGGAGAAAAUGUCACAAGCAAGACAGAUCUGCCCAGAACGCAUAGAAGUAAAAAAGUCUGCAUCAAUUUUAGACAAAGAAAUUAAUCGAUUAAGACAAAAAAUACAGGCAGAACAUGCUAGUCAUGGAGAUCGGGAGGAAAUAAUGAAGCAGUACCAGGAAGCAAGAGAAACCUAUCUUGAUCUGGAUAAUAAAGUAAGGACUUUAAGAAGGUUUAUUAAAUUACUAGAAGAAAUAAUGACCCAUAGGUACAAAACAUACCAACAAUUCAGAAGGUGUUUGACAUUGCGAUGCAAAUUAUACUUUGACAACUUAUUAUCUCAGCGGGCUUACUGUGGAAAAAUGAAUUUUGACCACAAGAAUGAAACUCUCAGUAUAUCAGUUCAGCCCGGAGAGGGAAACAAAGCUUCCUUCAAUGACAUGCGUGCUCUCUCUGGUGGGGAACGUUCUUUCUCUACAGUGUGCUUCAUUCUGUCCCUGUGGUCCAUUGCUGAAUCACCUUUCAGAUGCCUGGACGAGUUUGAUGUCUACAUGGAUAUGGUUAAUAGAAGAAUUGCAAUGGACAUGAUACUUAAGAUGGCAGAUUCCCAACGUUUUAGACAGUUUAUCUUGCUUACCCCUCAAAGCAUGAGCUCACUUCCUUCAAGUAAACUGAUUAGAAUUCUUCGAAUGUCUGACCCUGAAAGAGGGCAAACCACGUUGCCCUUCCGACCUGUAACUCAAGAGGAAGAUGACAACGCAAGUUGACAGCUUAGUGCCUUGCCCUCGUGCUGUAAGAUUGUGAGGGGGAAUAGUCUGGACUGGUGGAUGAAAUAAAUAAAGUGAGACUAGAAGACUAGAGUUAUUCUGAAAUAAAGAAGCUCCUUUGAUAUUACCCAUCAAUUGUGUAAAUAAGCCUAGAAAACCAGCUACUGCCAAUAGUUUAAAAUUACUAUGGCUUUUCCUGUGAAAACCAAUUUCAUAAUACUGGUUUUAAAUCUUUUUAUGUUUGUUUGCUUUGGAGUUUCUGUGUUUUGUUUGUUUUUACCAUCCACUUUUAUAAAUUUUUUCAGGAGUAAAAUUUUGUACAUAUGCACAUGUACAUAUCUGUUCAUUUUGGGUUCAUUUCUAUAGUAUUUUGUAAGAAUUAAAAUAAAAGUUUGAGCACCUGAUGUUUAGUUUUGCUUCUCCAGGUUGUUACAGUUUGGCUUAAAGAUUAACAAAUGUCUGUGGAAAGAGGGAUUUCUGUGUGGAAUCGGUGGAUGCAGUAUACAGGAACUGCUUACACGGCACAUACUGAUGUUUUAAGUACUAGAGACUACUUAAGACUGAUUAUACUGGGCAAAAUCUUUGCUUUCUAUUGGUUUUUAACCCUAGGGUACAACUGUAGAUUUUGGAUACAGUUUUUAAUCACUAUAUUUUAUCAGUUUUAAGAUGGUCUUCAUUAAAUACUUUCCUGUGGUCCUGAAGCACUGCCAACUCCGACAGUGUUUUCUCCUUUGUGCUUUAAUAGCCCUCCACCCAAGGAAGAGCAUGUCACAGCUGUGACAGUUUCCUGUUUAACCAGUAGCAUGAUGGUGGCCUAGUGUAAAAAUCCUGUUUUUGGUGGUACAGCCACUAGGGGAGGCAGAUGGAAGAGGAUUACAAGUUCUAGUCCUGCCUGGGUUAUGGAGUGAGUUCAAGGCCAGCCUGGGCAGCUUAGCCUCUGACGCAAAGUGAAAUUGAGGCCUGAGAAUACAGCUUAGUGGUAAAGCAGGGCUGGGAAAAGGUGAGUGCCUGUUAUCAGGCAGAGGAGCUAAUGGCUACAUGAGACAAAAUCUACACUUAAUGGUAAGAUGACAUGACACACCCUGCUUCUAGAGACAUUAAAAGGUUUCUACAAUGAUCAGUUUACUGUAAAAAAUGGUAUUCACGAUUUUUUGUUUUUAAAGAAAACAUGAGUGUUCUAGUGCCUGUGUUCUAGGAUUAGGGCUAACCUUAGACAUUUAAUAGUAGCAAGAUGCAUUCCUUUUAUUACCAGCAAUAAAUUAAAAUACAUAUUUAUGAACCUGAAAAGGAAGUAUUUUAAGAAAGUACUAUUUUUAAAAGCAAGCAUACUUCUAUAGUUAUUGACAAAAACUGGAUUUUGUUUUGGUGGGGAAGAGAAUGUAUUCUUAAAACAGUUGCCAAAAAUCUAAAAGCAUUUUCUAGUCUAAGAAUAUAAAAAGAGGAAACUGCUGGGUAUUUUAAACUUCCCCCACCAACCAUAAGCAGUAUAACUCAUUUAUAUCAGAACUAUUUUAACAUACAUACACUUUUUCAAGUAAAAUGAAGGUGGAAUUUACCAGUGCAUUAAUUUUAAUUAGCUAAGGAGUUCAGUGUCUUGAGUUUUUGUGUUAGUUUUAAGUGUGCUUCUAAUGCAACCCUCAUACCCUGAGCAUCUCCUGCAGAAGACAAUGCAUUAUGGGAAAUGCAAUCCUUAGAUCCUGAGCUCCUGCUGAAGACAGCACAUUGGUUGGGCCUCAUAAAAUUUUGGUUUCAAUCAUAAGUGACAUCUUCAUCUAAUGUUCUAAGUAGUAAUAACAUCGAUUGGAAAAAUUUUUGAAAAGCUAUUGUUCUUUUAAGUAUGUGUAACUUCUAAAAAUAAAACUUAAAAUUUAU